AUACUGUAACAGGAAGACUUUUAACUGAUGGUGAUCUUCAUUUCGGUUGGCGAUUACUUGGUGCAUAUGAAGAAACUGUUCCUGAGGCUAGUUUAGCUAGACAAUCAGUAGAAUCGUAUAUAACAGAUAAUGGGAAUACUGGUGUAUUUAUUGUACAAGAUGCUCGUCCAUCACCAAAUCUACCUCAACCGACAGCACGUAUCCAAUGUUUGGCUACUUCUUACACAGAAGGUGUUACCUAUUACAGUUCACUUGUUGACUUUAUUGUUUAUCCAGAUGAGAUACCAAUAGAUCAUGUGAAAGAUGUUAAAGAUAGAG